GGAAAAACAUCAUCAUAAAAAAGAUUAUCACACGACAAGGGUCAAGUGUCUUACACUUGUUACAUAACCUUUUAAUUUGUUUCCUUCACAAGAGAAGAAUGGUCCUUAACUAAAGCAAAUACAUAAUAUUCUCAGAGAAACUGAGAGUACUGUGAUGAAGCUUAGCAUGAGAAUGAAGCUGCUGAUUUUGUUGGCAGCUGAAUUUGCAUUCUUAGUUUCAGGGAUUAUCUCCUCUGGAUCUGAGACUCAGACACUAAUGUCUUUCUCCGAAAACGAUGUCGUUUCAUUGCAACCUCAAAUGGUCAAUCUCACUCUCAUUCAAGGAGCUGAUUCUAAAGGAGCUGUGUGUUUGGAUGGAACAUUGCCUGGUUACCAUUUGGAUCGAGGAUUUGAAUCUGGUGCAAAUAGUUGGCUUAUUCAUCUUGAGGGAGGAGGAUGGUGUAAUACUAUCAGAAACUGUGUCUAUAGAAAAAAUACUCGUCGAGGUUCGUCAAAGUAUAUGGAAAAUCAAAUACCAUUCACAGGAAUAUUGAGCAAUAAAGCUGAAGAAAAUCCUGAUUUCUUUAACUGGAACAGAGUCAAAUUAAGGUACUGUGAUGGAGCUUCUUUUAGUGGAGAUAGUGAAAAUGAGGCUGCGGGGCUUCAAUUUCGAGGACAAAAAAUAUGGCUAGCUGCAAUGGAGGAAUUAAUGUCUCAAGGAAUGCAGAACGCCGAACAAGCCCUUCUCUCUGGAUGCUCUGCGGGUGGUCUAGCAUCCAUACUACAUUGUGAUGAGUUCCAAAGCUUGUUACCACAAUCUUCCAAAGUGAAGUGUUUGAGUGAUGCAGGAUUUUUUCUUGAUGCAAUUGAUGUAUCUGGAGGACGCUCGCUGAGGAAUCUGUUUGGAGGCGUAGUUCAGUUACAGGAAGUCCAGAAAAAUCUGCCAAAAAGUUGUCUCAGCCAACGGGAUCCAACUUCGUGUUUCUUUCCUCAGAAUAUGGUAGAACAUGUUGAGACACCGUUGUUUUUACUCAAUGCGGCUUAUGAUGUGUGGCAGGUCCAAGCCAGUUUAGCCCCACCGACGGCUGAUCCCCUUGGCUCUUGGAAUGACUGCAAGUCAAACCAUGCAAAUUGUAGCUCAUCUCAAAUUGAGUUCCUCCAAGACUUCAGAAAUCAAAUGCUCGAUGAUGUGAAAGACUUCUCGAGGCCGUCUCAAACAGGACUAUUCAUAAAUUCUUGUUUUGCUCAUUGCCAGUCUGAGAGACAGGAGACAUGGUUCGCUGAUGAUUCUCCUCUUCUUGAGGACAAGCCAAUUGCAGUUGCUGUUGGAGACUGGUAUUUCGAUCGAGAAGUUGUGAAAGCUAUUGACUGUCCUUACCCUUGUGAUAACAGCUGCCAUAAUCUGGUGUUUAAAUGAGGAAGACAUAUAAGUGCUCGAAUUAUAGGAUUGGCUACCAACCUAAGUUUCACGUGGAGAAGCAUCCAAGAAGAGGCCUUGUGGGUGAUUAAUAGGGGAUAUCUAUAGAGGCUGGACAUUGGCCACUUUUUAAUAUUUGGGAGACUUCCCUUGCAAAGUGGUUAUAAAAUAAUUGGACUCAUAAACCUAUUCAAA